CCCCCUUGUCAGGAGGGAAAAGGAACAAGGAGAAGGCAAACAUCCUUGCAGCUGUCAGAGUCUGCAGCUCUUUUACGUGGCACCAUGGAGGAGGCUUUGGCACCUUUGCGGAGGUCUGUGCGCGAGCAGGGAGACCUGGUGGCCCGUAUGAAGGAGCAAGGCGUCCCCGAGCUGGAGCUCAACAACGCCCUCGCCGAGCUGAAAGCCCGCAAGAAAACUCUGGAAGCAAAGGAGCUGGCCUUGAAGCCCAAAGAUGACAUCGUGGACAAGGUGAAGAUGGAGGACACCUUAAAGAGGAGGUUCUUCUACGACCAGGCCUUCGCCAUCUAUGGAGGGGUGAGCGGCCUGUACGACUUUGGCCCCGUGGGCUGCGCCCUGAAGAACAACAUCCUGCAGGUGUGGAGGCAGCACUUCAUCCAGGAGGAGCAGAUCCUGGAGAUCGACUGCACCAUGCUGACCCCGGAGCCGGUCCUCAAGACGUCUGGACACGUGGACAAGUUUGCAGACUACAUGGUGAAGGACGCCAAGACGGGGGAAUGUUUCCGCGCUGAUCAUCUUCUCAAAGCCAACUUGAAAAUGAAAAUGACCGACGACACUCUGCCUGCUCAGAAGGUGGCUGAGAUGGAGGACGUCAUCACGCAGAUGGACAACUACACUCAGAAGCAGUUGGCAGAACUGUUUGCCAAGUACGAGGUCAAGUCUCCCUCCACAGGAAAUGAGCUGACUCCUCCCAUCUCCUUCAACCUCAUGUUCCAGACCUCCAUCGGGCCUGGAGGCAACACACCCGGAUAUCUGAGGCCUGAGACGGCUCAAGGAAUGUUCCUCAACUUCAAGCGCCUGCUGGAGUUCAACCAGGGAAAACUUCCCUUCGGUGCCGCUCAGAUAGGAAACUCCUUCAGGAACGAGAUCUCGCCUCGUUCCGGACUCAUCCGUGUCAGGGAGUUCACCAUGGCUGAGAUUGAGCACUUUGUGGACCCCAAGGAGAAAGUCCAUCCCAAGUUCUCCGACGUGGCCGACCUGCAGAUCCUCUUGUUCUCCUCCAAGGCUCAGACCAGCGGCCGUCCUGCAGAGCUCAUGCGACUUGGAGAUGCUGUGGAUCAGGGCAUCAUCAACAACUCUGUGCUGGGCUACUUCAUCGGGAGGAUCUACUUGUACCUGCUGAAGGUGGGACUGGCCAAGGACAAGCUGCGCUUCCGCCAGCACAUGGACAACGAGAUGGCUCACUACGCCUGCGACUGCUGGGACGCUGAGUCGCACACCUCCUACGGUUGGAUCGAGAUCGUGGGAUGUGCCGACCGCUCGUGUUACGACCUGUCCUGUCACUCCAAAGCCACCAAGGUCCCGCUGGUGGCAGAAAAGCCCCUGAAGGAACCCAAGGUGGUCAACGUGGUCAAGUUGGAGCCCAACAGGGGCGCCAUUGGAGCGGCGUACAAGAAAGACGCCAAGCUGGUCUUUGAGUUCCUGGACGCGUGCGACGAGAACUUCAUCAGCCAGCAGGAGAAGAUCCUCAAUGAGAGCGGGAACUUUACUGUGGUGACAGAAGGCAAAACCUUUAAACUUUCCAAAGACAUGGUGGCUGUGAAGAGAUUCCAGAAAACACUUCAUGUGGAGGAGAUCGUUCCCAACGUGAUCGAGCCGUCGUUUGGCAUAGGCAGGAUCAUGUACUCCAUCUUUGAGCACUCCUUCCACACUCGGCAGGGAGAUGAACAAAGAACGUAUUUCAGUUUCCCUGCCACCGUCUCUCCGUACAAAUGUUGCAUCCUCCCUCUGAGCCAAAACCAGGACUUCUCACCUUUUGUCAAGCAGCUGUCCCAGGCGCUGACCAGAAGCGGCGUCUCUCACAAGGUGGACGACUCCUCGGGGUCCAUCGGGCGGCGCUACGCCCGCUCCGACGAGAUCGGCGUGGCGUUCGGCAUCACCAUCGACUUUGACACGGUGAAGAAGACGCCUCACACGGUCACCCUGAGGGAGCGCGACUCCAUGAGGCAGAUCCGAGUGCAGGUGGAGGCCUUACCUGAGAUGAUUUUGGCGCUGGCUAACGGCACGUCUACCUGGAGUCAGCUGGAAGCCAAGUUCCCCAUCUUUGAAGGGCAGGAGACCAACAAGAAGGAGUGAUCUAUAUUGGAGGAGUCAAGAAGGAGUGAUCUAUAUUGGAGGAGCAUUAGAAGGAGGAGUCAAGAAGUAGUGAUCUAUAUUGGAGCAUUAGAAGGAGGAGUCAAGAAGUAGUGAUCUAUAUUGGAGCAUUAGAAGGAGGAGUCAAGAAGGAGUGAUCUAUAUUGGAGCAUUAGAAGGAGGAGUCAAGAAGUAGUGAUCUAUAUUGGAGCAUUAGAAGGAGGAGUCAAGAAGGAGUGAUCUAUAUUGGAGGAGCAUUAGGAGGAGGAGUCAAGAGGGAGUCAUCUUAAUUGGAGGAGCAUUAGAAGGAGGAGUCAAGAAGGAGUGAUCUAUAUUGGAGAAUUAGAAGGAGGAGUCAAGAAGGAGUGAUCUUAAUUGGAGGAGCAUUAGAAGGAGGAGUCAAGAAGAAGUGAUCUAUAUUGGAGGAGCAUUAGGAGGAGGAGUCAAGAAGGAGUGAUCUAUAUUGGAGCAUUAGGAGGAGGAGUCAAGAAGGAGUGAUCUAUAUUGGAGGAGCAUUAGAAGGAGGAGUCAAGAGGGAGUCAUCUAUAUUGGAGGAGCAUUAGAAGGAGGAGUCAAGAGGGAGUCAUCUAUAUUGGAGGAGCAUUAGAAGGAGGAGUCAAGAGGGAGUCAUCUAUAUUGGAGGAGCAUUAGAAGGAGGAGUCAAGAAGGAGUGAUCUAUAUUGGAGGAGCAUUAGAAGGAGGAGUCAAGAAGGAGUGAUCUAUAUUGGAGGAGCAUUAGAAGAAGUAUGCAGCAGGAGGAGUGUUGGUCACAUGACAAGAGAAAAGCAGCAGCAGAUGGACAGGCAGGACUUUAUUCACCUUUUUUUCUCCAAUAAAUACUCCUUGUGUGUC